AUGCCUGAGACGCCCCACCGCACGGUCCUGGGCCGACGGGAUCCCAUGUCUCGACUUCCCGAGACCCCAGGCUCACGAUUACCUGUUCCCAAGCCGAUCAUGACGCCUACGCGCACACCUCGCACCAGUCUCCUACGCGUCCUCCAAGACACUCAGCGUGAAAAUAUACCACUACCAAGGGAGGAAAUGCCAGGCGCCUCACGAUUCAAGACUGUAGAAGAAUUGUGGAAGGUGGCCACAGCACGCUUGGAGGAUUUGCAGUACGAAAAGCAUGCUCUAGUCAACGAACGUGAAUCACUCAAGACGGAAAUUCAGCUAGGAAAGCAACGUGAAUAUAAGCUGAAAGCCCAAGUGGAUAAAUUAGAAACCAUGAUCGCCCGAUACAAAGAGCGUGCUGUCCAAUUCCACAAAAAGGACUCUGAACGCGGCGCGAUUCUCCGCGAUAAAGACACUUUAGAAGCACAGCUCCAGGAUGCGCGAAACGAUGCUCUCAACUACGCAGAGAAAUAUACAAGUUUACAUGACGACUAUGAUCACUUACAGAGUCGCCUCAUGAAACGCGACGAUUCAAUCAAAGCAUCAUUCCAAUCCAUGACGCGUUUAAUGGCAGAGGCAGGGAAAUCCACCAAAGCGGAAGCAUGCAAAGUAGACGCUUUGCAGAAACAUCAACGGCAAUUGCAAAACUCGUUACAAGAGAAAGACGACCAAAUCAUCAGCCAGCAAGAAGUCAUUACCAUGUUGUCCGAACAGGUAUCUCAGCUUCAAUUGGACCGCACUUCUCUAAUGAAUGAGCUCUUUGAUCUCCAAAAAAUGAACUCGCAGUUCUGUUCUGAUUCGAAGGAGGCAGAGAUACUAGACUUGGACCAAGAGUUAUAUCAUGAACAACAUGAGUUGCUUCAACGAGACGUUGCAUGGGCCAAGGAUGAUGCUUCUUGGUUCCGAAGCAAAUGGAGCAUAAGCCAGACUCACAUUGAAUGGCUUGAAUCAUACUUGGCUCAUAUUCAAACUGUGCAUGCUAAUGCCCUGCGCACUUGGCAGAAAAGCAAGGAUCAGAUUUGCGCUGCGACAGAAACGUUGCAGAAACAGUACAAACAGUCACAGGCCAAGGUUCAAAUGCUUGAAGCAGAGCACAGUCAGUGGGCAGAUGCGAUGCAAGAUAUGGCAUGGUAUCAAGAAGCAUAUGAGGCACGGACACGCCAAGUAUCUAUGCUUAAAGAACUCGUACAAACGCACAUGGACCAUAACAAUAGUGUCCAACAGGCACAAGAAAUACUGGCGAAUACAAGCGCACUCCUAAAUACGCAAGCUUUGGAUACUCGUAUUGCAUUGCUUCGCCAAGAAGAAGAAAAACUUCAAAGUCGCGUAAAUGAGCUUUCGAAACGAUCAGAGACACUUGCUGCGAAUCUUUGUCAACGAGACGCUGAGCUCUCCCUCAACGAUAAUAUCACCAUUUAG